AUGGCGGUGCGGCCACAGCACGUGCACGAUGGUGGUAUUGUGGAGCGUCGGCUGCGGCCCAUAUACGACUGGUUGGACAAUGGGAAUAAUAAAAAGGCACUCCAGGAAGCCGAAAAAGUGCUAAAAAAGAGCCCUUCGCUACAAGCAGCUCGAGCUUUAAAAGCCCUAGCGCUUUUUAGGUUAGGUAAAGGUUCAGAGGCACACUCAGUAUUGGACGCCCUGGCUGAGGAGAAACCAAGCGAUGAUACCACAUUACAGGCAAUGACAAUCUCAUACCGGGAAUCCCAACAGUUACAUAAAGUUUGUGCCCUGUAUGAAGCAGCAGUGAAGGCAGAACCAACUAGUGAAGAACUACACUCACAUCUCUUUAUGUCCUAUGUGAGGGUAGGUGAUUAUCGGUCUCAGCAACGAGCUGCUAUGGGGCUAUACAAGUUUGCUCCUAAAAACCCUUAUUACUUCUGGGCUGUUAUGAGUAUUGUUUUGCAGGCUAAGACAUCAGAAGAUACCACCAAACGGGGCAUUCUACUUGCAUUAGCUCAAAGAAUGGUAGAUAAUUUUAUAUCUGACAAUAAAAUGGAAGCUGAACAAGAAGCCCGCCUUUACAUUAUGAUAUUAGAAUUGCAGGAAAAAUGGGAAGAUAUUUUGAAGUUUAUUGAGAGUCCAUUGUACUCUCAGCUAGUGCCGGGCUCUACCGCUCAAGCUUGUAUUCCAUACCUUACAAAACUAGGUCUUUGGAAGCGAUUAAACCUCGUUUGCAAGGAAUUGCUAUAUGAAAACAUUGAUCGUUGGGAUUACUAUUUGCCAUACUUUGACUCAGUAUUCCAAUUAAUGAAGCAAAAUGAGGAGGAUCCUGAAUGUACUGUUGAUAAUACUGCAGAAAAGUGCCAUGAAUUUAUCUGUCAAUUAGUGGAAAGCAUGUCCUCAGGCAGGACAUUAAGAGGACCAUAUUUAGCACGUUUGGAAUUGUGGAAACGGUUAUCAGUUGAUGGUGAUCCCACUUCGUUACUUGGCAGCGGUUUAUCAUUGUGCGUGCAGUAUUUAAGAGUAUUUGCAAACAAGGCAUGUGCAGUGCCUGAUCUAAGACCAUAUUUGCCAAUGAUACCACAGAAAGAAAGAGAAGAGAAUUGUAGGGAUUUCUUGACAUGUCUUGGUUUUGAUGAAAAUAGUGAACCUGAGACGACUGACGACAUCCAACGCCAUGUCUCGUGCCUGACAGCGUGGCGCUUGACUGCGACGCCUUUACCAGCCGACGAAGCACUAUCGCUGGCUACCAAGUUGAGAGACCACUAUAUGCGAUGUUUAAAGCUGGGUCUUGUCACAGCGACUAUUACGGAGUUCUGUGCACCUGAUGCGUACGGAAUCUUAGCAGCUCAUCAUUAUUUUUAUGCUGCUGUGAUGCAACAAAGCUCGGCGCCAAUCGUCGAAGCUCUCUGUUUACUAGAACUAGUCCUGCACCACUCACCCGCCAACUUCCAUGCGAAGCUUCUGCUUGUUAAAUUUUAUCAUUUACUUGGGGGCGCGCUGGCGGCGGACAGCGUGUACGGGCGGCUGGAGGUGAAGCACAUCCAGCUGUUGUCGCUGGGCUGGCUGCACGGCGCGCGCCUGGCGCCCGCCUGCGCCGCCACGCGCGCGCUGCAGCUGCUCGCCGACACGCGCGGCUUCCACACGCACCACUCUAAGGAUAGCGUAGAACAUCUAACGUACGCAUACAAGUACGGUACGUUUGAGAAACUAGUAGAGUUGGGGAAUUGGGGUAAUCGGUUAGAAGCAUGCGGGUGGGCCGCCUCGGCAGCGAGAGACAGGGCGCUACUGUCGCUACUGGCCGGACCGCCCGCACCUCUACAUCAGCCUACAAGACUACCGGCUCAGCCCACGGAUAAUCGCGAUCUGAACGUAAUCGUAAAUUUCGAACCGCCUCAAUUUGAAGAUAUUCACCUAAAAAGUCGAACAUUCGACCAAGAGAUGUCCUACCUGAGACUGAAGGAUGCUCUCGUAUCAGCAAUCGCACUGUGCAUAGAACUGGCCGAUAACAGGAGCGUGGAAGAAAAGAAGGACCAUUACGAGCAGUUAAACGUUUGUGUCGACGCGUUCAGUCAGGCGAUGGACAAAUGUAAACAGAUGUACGGCGAGAAAGAACGGAUUUGUAUUUCCGCACCUUUUCCUAGCAGAAUUAUCGCAUUCGUAAACUCGCCGGUGCCGUACCGAGAGCUGUACUGCACCACUCUGCGGCUGGUGGGCGAGCUGGCGCUGGGCCGCGCCGCGCCGGUGCACAGCGCGUGCGCCGCCGCGCAGGGCCUGCUGCCCAACGCGCAGGCGCACCUGGCAACGGAGCUGCACUUCGGCCCUGACGCAGCUUGGAACAUGAGGGACUGCUUAGAACACCUAUCUAAUUAUCUAGAGUUUAUAGGCAUCAUUACUUUUUUACUGGGGGUGUGCAACGAAUUGACGGCGCCCGCCGGCACCAAGAAAUCUAAGAAGAAAAUUAACCAGUCCCCCGAUGAACUCAAAACGUCCGAAUUAUUGAAUAAUCUCAAUCGAACGGUGCAGAGUUCUAUCUUGUACCUCGAAGGUGUUCUCGACGACUGGCCGAAGUACGAGUUCGGGGACCUCGAUCAGAAACUAUCGAACUUGACAAUAGAUACAAAAUACCAAAGCCCAGUAGAGAGUAAACUGAAAGCCGGACGCGAAGACAUGAUCAAUGACGUCAGAUACAUAUUAAAGAGAAAGUCUAAAUAUCUGAAGACGCUACAAUGA